AUCCACGAUAUUGUAUAGUUAAAACACACCAUGAAUAGGAAGACACCUAAGAAACCAGGGAAUGGAACAAAACCUAAACAGAGUUCUAGUCAGAGCAAUAGUGUAGCCAGAGGAGGAGUAGCAAGAAGUCAGGCUAUGGUGGUGCGAGGGACAGGGGGACAGGCCAUGCAACUCCCUAAAGGAAUGCAGCCGGUCCCAAUGAGAGAGGAAGGAGGCAUGCUCAUACCAGAGGGUUACACAAUGAGGAAGAUAGAACCAGCCAAAAAUUAUGAUGUUGUAUCAUUCGCUAAGGCUAUGAACCAAGAUUUUGCCCCAAGACUGAAGAAAUUGUUUGAUCCAGAGACAGAGGCUGCCCUUGAAGCACAGAGGACAGGUAUCUACAUAGGAUGGCGCUGUCCAGAAUUCAAGCAUGAUUGUCAACGGGUGAAUAAAAUGUCCAAGUGCUUCUGUGGUCACUUGUUAGGGGAACAUGCCCAAUAUACAGCAAAAAGUUUGCGAGUCAGGUGUGCUCAGGGUGGCUGUAAGUGCAGGGCCUUCGUAUGGAUACCUUCUCGACCAGAGGAUGUGGGCGAGUUCUGGCACCAAAGACGCAGAGACUUCGAUCCAAGCACAUGGCGUGCAAAGUGCAGAUGUAAACAUACACAUGAGGAACAUGACCCUGCUGGCUCACGACGAUGUAUAUUUAGAGGUUGUUCUUGUGGACAUUUCAACUCUAAUUUCCUGUGUGCAGCAUGUGAUAAACACUGGGAAGAUCAUGAAACAUUUUUUGAGAGUGAGCAAGACCGCAUUGAUAAAGAACUUCCUUAUGGAGAGAUGUACUUGCCAUUUGCUGAGAUGCCAGACUUGCGUAACAUUGCCUUAACAGGAAGAGAGGAUGACGACUCCCCAUACAGGGCCCUGACCCAGGGGGAGGGGUCGAUUCCAAGGAACCCCCGCCCUGUUGGAAACAAUGCUCCUGUGAACUUUGGAGGAAACCCCAAAAGUGGCUUCAAACCAGUCUAUGACUAAGGAAUUAGCUAUCCUUGCACCUAGAUAGUUCCACAAAACCCUGUUUAUCUUCA